UGCUUUUAGUUCCUAAUAAAGGGCGAAUAAAUUUGAAAUUUCAUCUAAGAAAUUUUUUUUUUUUUUGCAUUUCUAAAGGUAAAACAUACUCACUCUUUGGGCCAUGAGAGGCCCAUUAAAACAAAAUGAUGGGCAAGUCGACUUCGUCACCAUGAAAAGAGAAACCCGGCAGAGAAAGAAAUCCUAAUGAAGACAAUUUUGGAUCUUCCAGAGAAUUUGGUAGAGGAUGAGAUAUUCUCCCGCUGCCAAAAGUGGAAUACUUCAUGUAAAAAUCGAAUCUUUUUGGGUAAAGAAGCAGCAGCGAAGAAGCAGUUCUUGAUGAUGAACUCGAGUAGGAUUAGUUUGAUGAACUUGGAUCUCCCCAAAGAUGACGGCAGCCCAUCUAUAGAACAAGUAAGCGUACUUGAUCAAAUCCAGAUCUCUGAGGUGUUUCACUGUGAUGGCUUGUUGCUAUGCGUCCUUGAGGAUAGCUCUAGGCCUCUCUUGGUAUGGAAUCCUUACUUAGGACAAACGAGGUGGAUCGAACCCAGACACUGUGGUUUCCAUAGUUCAGACAGGUUUGCUCUCGGAUACGACAAGAUCCUGAGGAUCUCCAACGAGAUUCAUCCAAUUACAACUGAACACGUUUUAGGGUACGAUUUCACCUCGAGUUCUUGGAAGGUUCUUGAUGGUGUCCCUCCCGAGCGGCAAAUAGGGUCUUAUUCACGCGGCGUUGCUUUGAAGGGAAACACUUACUUUCGUGCGAGUGUUGUAGGUUCUGUCCUCUGUUUUGAUUUCACAGCAGAGAGCUUCGGACCGCUUCUGCCUCUGCCUCUGCCUCCGUUUCAUUCUUACCAUGGAUUACAUUUUCUGUCUUUCUCUUGCGUUAGAGAAGAGGACCAGCUCGCUGUGUUGUAUCAACAUUGGAAUGCUCGUGAGACGAUCGAGAUUAGCGUUACGGAUAAGAUUGGUCCUGAGGUUGUGUCGUGGACAAAGUUUUUGAAAGCGGUCACUGGCUAUUGGGUUGACCCUACUGCUGGGAGUUUUCUCGUUGACGAGGAGAAGAAAAUUGCUGUGGUUUUCGUUCUAGAAAGGCUCAGUUUUGGAUGUCUCCACCAAACUGCUCACGUCUUCGGACAAGAUGGAUACUUCAAAUCUGUGAGAAUCCGAGAAGCUCCCUAUCUUUGGAAUGAUUUUUAUCCUCAUAAGAGAUAUUAUCCGCCACUGUGUUGCUCUUCAUAUCUUCCAAGCUUACUGCAACUCCAAAGCACCUAACUAUACGCUAAUUGAAAGAAUGUGCAUCAUCUUCUUUCGGAUAAUUCGUUAGUUAUGUGUAUUGUCUUUUGAAUGCUGUAGCCUUUCUUUUUCAGACUGUUCAUGUCUCUCGUGAUAUGCAAUUAUAUGAUUCAGGUUCAUCCUCUACUCACUUUAAAAACUGAUUAGUAUAUAUGAUUAUGUUUUGGUUCCGUGGGAGCUAUCCUGAAACCAUUUUUCAUCAUUUGCAAACAUGUUUAGUUUGCAACACUCUCUUUAUUGUAAACUGUCCUCAAAUAUUCUUGAUAAGAUAUCAACAACCUCUUUUUAUUGGCGUUGGUUCUGAUUGAGGCUCAAGGAAUAUACACCCUCAUGGACCAACAAGGCCUUUAAGAGGUCUUUAUCUUUGAAACCUUUUUUCUAGAGGGAGGUUUUGAUUGGAUUGCAGAUGAAACCCUUUUCUCUAAAGAUCUGUAACUGUGUAAAUGCUAACCUUGGUGAAAUAAAUAAAAGAUCAUGAAUGAAAACUGUCUAUGUUUCUUCCACAUUGUCAUGUAAGUAUAAUCACAGUUAAUGAUAGCAGCAAACGAGUUGACGAAUAAUCAUGGAAGUCGUUCGUUCACGUGCCAGUCAUUUCUCUCGUCCAAUCAUAUUGCGGCUUCACACGGGUGGGUGAGAGAGUUUACAGUUAACAACUUAACACUAUCUUCUCCCCGCCAAAUAUGUACUAUGAUCUGCGACUGCUAUAACUUUUAAACACCUAAAAUAAAAUUUAUGUUUUUUAAAAUCUUUAAACAUUUAAAGUAUGUAUGGAAAUAAUUACUAUUUAAAAUUGGUAUUAAAUUUUUAUCUUUUAUUGAUCGGUUAUGGUCUAUUUAUAUGUUCAAAAACUUUUAGAUACGGCUUUUAACCAAAUACUUUAGAAUUUAGGUUUAUAACAAUUAAAGUUAAAGUUGAUGAAUCUAUAAGGUACAUGUACGAUUAUAUAUCAAUAAUUAGCUAAAUAAAAAAACCCUUGAUUAAGAAAUAUUAACUAAAUAGUUCUAUCUAAAAGUUUUUUAGAAAUUACAAUCGCCAUGACAUAUAAUACAUAUAAGGUUGGGUAAUUCUCUCAAAUAUAUAUUUUUAAGUAUUUAUCAUAAAAAUUGUUCUCAAGAAAAAAAUGAUCAAAAUAUUUUUUUUUUUGAAAAUUUUAAUAUUUUUUUAAUUCGAAACCUUAUCCCCAAAAUUCAUCCCUUAACUCUAAACCCUAAUUCUAUAUUAGUUAACCUUAGGGUAAAAAUUACUUUUUAUCAUUUAAUAAAACUUAUUUUGAUCAUUUCUUCAUUGAGAGCUAUUUUUGUGACAAAACUUAAAAAGUGUUAUUUUAGAGAAUUUUUCUAUAAGGUUUUCAUAUUUUUGUAUAUUGAUGGAAAUGAAAGUGUGGAAAAAAUAUGUGAAAUUGGGUAUAGAGUAAGGAAGGGAGGAUUCAAUGACAUGGUUAUAAGCAUAAUUAUAUCUACAUGCAAAAUGGUUUGCUGAUCAUCAUCAUGAUGAAGUUGCCCCUUGAUGGAUCAUGAUUUGUCACAUGAAUAGAGGUGUGCAAACUGGUACUAGUAUUUAACCGAACAAUUUAGAGCAAAAUUGAUAUAGCUGGACUAAAUAAACAUUACAAUUGGAUUGUAUUAUGUCGCUGAUGUAAUAUUAAAAGUCAAAUCGAAUAAUUUUGUUCUUGUUGGCCUUUUAAUGAGCUGAGAGCAUCUUUAGUGGUGAGAAAUUACCAAAGUUUCUUAGAGAAAAAAGAAAAUAAUAACUGAAUUAUAAAAUAUCUAGAAAAUAGCUAAACCACUAAACAUAUGACAAGUAUUGAGCAAUCUCUCAAAAUCUUUGAGAAAAUACCUUCUUAAAGAAUCGUUUUGUGUCUCUUUCCUCUACAUGUAUACUCUCUCUCUUCAUUUUUCUCUUUUUAUUGGUUGAGAAACUUAUAAAGAGCUUCCCACUUCGGAUGCCCAGAGUAAGCUAUCUUUUGUCUUUGUCGUCCAUGACUCAAUAACUUCCUUAAAUCAUGAGGUCAGGUUUUCUUUUUCUUUUUCCCCUUAUUAGUACUAAUUUCUAGUAAACGGUUUUUAAGAUACGGUGUAAAAGUAAAUUUUAUAAGAAAAAUGGAUAAUUACAGUAGUAAAAAAAUGUUCAAAAAAAAGCAGUAAAGAGAGAGAGAGAGAGAGAGGGGGGUUUGGUCAUCAUUGGAUGCUACAGAAACAGAGGGUUUAUUAAGGGACUGGCAGCUGCUCAUACUUCGACUUCGUGAUUACCCUAAGACCCAUUUUGUCUCUUUUUUCCUAGGCUUCUAUUUAUUACUCCAUCCGUUUCGCAAUACAUAAUGUUUUGAUUUAGUACACAAAAAUUAAAAAAAAAUUACCUUUCUUUAAAAGGUAGUUUUAAAAAUAUUAUUUAAAAAUUAUUUAACCAGUUACAGAAAUGACUACAACGUCUAAUUAGUUACACAAUUUUCAAUAAAGUUAUAAAAUAAAAUAAAAUAUCAAAACAUCAUCUAUUUUGAAACAAAAAAAAUCUUCAAAAAAUUAUCUGUUAUAAAACGAAGGGAGUACUACUCGCUUCGAUGAAUAAUAACUAGAUUGAAGCCCUUCUCGAGUCUAAAAACAUCUCCAACCCACCUCUAUUUCUAUUUCUAUAUUUUUUCCUAAAAUAGAAAAUAUUUACUAUAGAGGUGAAGAUGCUCCAAUGUAUGUCUCUAUAAUAUAGUUUCUCUAUUUAUAGGGGAAAAUAUAGAGAUAUGUUAUUUUUACCUCUAAAUAUAGAGAUAAAAAGUAACUUUCCUCUAUAUUUUCAUCUAAAAUAGAAGAAUUUUAUUAUAGAAACAUACAUUGGAGCAUUUUUACUUUUAUAAUAGAGAUUUCUAUUUUAAAGAAAAUUAUAGAGGUGUAUAUUGGAGAUACUGUAAGAAGUUUUCAGUAUUAUUGAACUUUAUUUCUUUUAGUAUAUAAUAUAUUUAUUGAAUUGAACUUGAAUGAAAUUUGAUAGAUAUGUCAGUAUAUUUUUGGGUUGGGAUACAUUUUUAAUGAAAAACUGAACUACUUUUUAAUGUUUUAUGGGGUCAGUUGACCUUCCUCUGAAUGCACUCUUCUGCUCCUGCCCAUGACGAUUCUCUUGCGCACUCAAAGAAACUACUUGAUCACAUAUGCUUUUGGUUAUCUUACAUCAGCAUUGAGCGACUUGUUUGAUGUUAAUGUUCAUAUGCAUUUAAAGUUAAUAUGACGUUUGCUAAGCGAGUUUAAAUCGAAAAAAAUAUUCAUCGUGGGACAAAUUCACGAAAGGUUAUGAACCCACACAAUACGGAACUAAAGUUAAAUUAGUUACGCCUAUUGGAUUACAAACUAAUAUAAAGUAGCGCAUGUGCAUAAAGAUACAGUUUUGCACGAUAGUGUAACACCCAGAGAGCAAAGCUAACACGGUGCUCCCUCUUUGUUUUAUUUCUUUUCCUAUUUUAAACUCAUUUGUAUAACUUUUUGUUUGCCUUUGUGAUAUUAAAUAUCAAUAACAGAAAAUAGCGUAGACAAAAACAAAACGAAGUAACCCCAAAAUGCAGGAUGAAAGCGGAAUGCAUUAAAAAUUUUGAACUAAAUAAAUUCUAAUUUUAUGAGUAACUACGAACGUAGGUAGCUUAUUUGGCUGAGCAUUAAGAAAUUUGAGGUAACUAAUGCUUAGCCAAUAUCAGUAAAGACGGAUCGGGGGAAAUUAUAGACUAGGGUUACUAAUUUUCAACUUAUCAAAAAAAAUAUUUUGAAUUAAAAAUGUUGAAUAUAUAUUAUAUAAAGUCCACAAUGCAAUGCAAAAACAUGCAUAACUUAUUUUUUCAAAAAAAAAAAACAUGCAUAACUUAUUGGGAUUUAUUUUACCUCUCAGCAAUUGAAGUUGGGCUAGAUAGUUACGCGGGAGGUCAGUGUCUGAAAAGUAAAUAUCAAGCUACAGCAUUUGGUUACGAAUGGUACGAGCGGGACAAAAGAAAUGAUGUGCGGGAUCAAUAUAUGUCACCAUUCAAGAUACUUUGUUGCUGUCAUUUCUGUAAAUAAAAUAAAUAUAAAUUGAAAUAAAAAAGGAGUGCUGGGACAACAUUGUUACAUGACCGCAGUUGAAAACAAAAAGAAAGGUAGAAAAUGUGGUUAGAUAACUGUAGCAAAUAAAAUAGUAAAUAUUUAUUUAUCUUAAAUUAUUAAAUAUAAAAUAACAUAU